UUGAAGAAGUAGGUGGGAAAUACUCAACAAAACCAUGUUGAGACAGCGCAAAAGUCUACCGUGCAUUGCCCCGCUGUUGACCACUGUAGAAGAGACUCUGGACACUGUGUCUGCUCAAGUCCGAGGACACAUUCCUGAAUGGCUCAAUGGUUAUCUACUUCGAGUUGGACCCGGGAAGUUUGAGUUUGGAAAUGAUAACUACAAUCACUGGUUUGAUGGAAUGGCUUUGCUUCACCAGUUUAGAAUGGAGAAGGGCACAGUGACGUACAGGAGCAGGUUUCUACAGAGUGACACAUACAAGGCCAACAGUGCUGGAGAUAGAAUUGUGAUCUCAGAAUUUGGCACACUGGCUCUUCCUGACCCGUGCAAGAAUAUCUUUGAACGUUUCAUGUCAAGGUUUGAACCUCCUGUCAUGACUGACAACACCAAUGUCAACUUCGUACAGUACAAGGGUGAUUACUACAUAAGCACUGAGACCAAUUUUAUGAAUAAAGUGGACAUUGAAACUCUGGAAAGGACGGAAAAGGUGAACUGGAGCAAAUUCAUUGCUGUGAACGGAGCGACUGCACACCCUCAUUAUGACCCAGAUGGAACAGCAUACAAUAUGGGGAACACCUACGGGCCAAGAGGUUCUUGCUAUAAUAUUAUUCGAGUUCCUCCAGAGAAGACAGAGCCUGGGGAGACGAUUCAUGGAGCACAAGUGUUGUGUUCUAUUGCUUCCACUGACACCAUGAAGCCUUCUUACUACCAUAGCUUUGGAAUGACAGAAAACUACAUAAUCUUCAUUGAACAGCCUCUAAAGAUGAAGCUGUGGAAAAUGGUCACUUCUAAAAUCCGGGGGAAGGCCUUUGCUGAUGCGAUAAGCUGGGAGCCCCAAUAUAAUACACGGUUUCAUGUGGUGGAUAAGCACACGGGACAGACUCUCCCAGGAGUGUAUUACAGCAACCCUUUUAUUACCUAUCAUCAAAUCAAUGCCUUUGAGGACCAGGGCUGUAUUGUGAUUGAUCUGUGCUGUCAGGAUGAUGGGAGGAGCCUGGAAGUUUAUCAUCUACAGAAUCUGAGGAAAGCAGGGGAAGGGCUUGAUCAGGUCUAUAAUUCAGUAGCAAAAUCUUUUCCUCGAAGAUUUGUUUUGCCUUUAGAUGUCAGUGUUGAUGCCCCCAAGGGAAGGAACCUCAGUCCACUCUCCUAUUCUUCAGCCAGUGCUGUGAAACAGGGUGAUGGAGAGAUCUGGUGCUCUCCUGAAAAUCUAUACCAUGAGGACCUGGUAGAGGAAGGAGGGAUUGAAUUUCCGCAGAUCAACUAUGGCCGAUUCAAUGGCAAAAAGUAUAAUUUCUUCUAUGGCUGCGGUUUUCGGCAUUUGGUGGGGGAUUCUCUGAUUAAGGUUGACGUGGUGAACAAGACACUGAUGGUUUGGAGAGAAGACGGCUUUUAUCCCUCGGAGCCCAUUUUUGUUCCGGCACCAGGAGCUGAUGAGGAAGAUGGAGGGGUUAUUCUUUCUGUUGUGAUCACUCCCAAUCAGAGUGAAAGUAACUUCCUCCUUGUUUUGGACGCUAAGAACCUGGCAGAACUGGGGAGAGCAGAAGUACCUGUGCAGAUGCCUUAUGGAUUCCAUGGCACAUUUGUACCCAUCUGAUGGCACAACCACAAGGUCUGAGAGUCGGCUUCCAAUGAGCACACUCUGUACAGAAGAGAGGAAACAAUGGGGCUCCCCCAAAACUAUUGCAGUUUGAACCUGAUUUGACCUCCUCGGGCUCAUAUUUUGAAAACUUGGUCCCAGUUUGUGGCACGUUUUGGGAGACUGUAGAAACUUUUGGGCGGGGGCUCAGAACCCACAGGCACUAGGAACUAGCCUUUGAAGCCCCUGGUUCUCUCAUGCUCUCUCUGAUUCCUGGCCCACUACAAUGCGAACAGCCUUCACCUUGCCACUGAUGGGGUGCUCCACCACGCCUCCCCAAUAUGGCAGACUGAAUCCCCUGAAACUGUGAACCGAAGGAAAUCUUUCCACCUUUAGUUGUUCUGACAGUUUGGUUUUGUUUUGCAGCAGCACUGAAGUAACUAUUACAAAAACUGGAUAAAUUGUUUACAUUUCUAUUAAAAAAUAAUUUGUG